GCAGGGGUUUGGUGUUUCACAGGAUCAGGGAGCAGACCUUGGACAUCCUUGGACAUACCUGGAUCUCACUUGGUGCUGUGGCAACUGGGCUCAAGGGGCUAGGCUCCCCGUUUGGUCACAACCACCAGGGCGUUCGUGCGUUCGCGCCGGAUGCAGCCACUGCCGGUGCCGCGGGUGGUGCGCCUGGCGCCGCUGGGGGCGAAAUGGGUCCCAGAGGAGCCGACUUCGAGAUCCAGCGCAUCCCGGGCACCACAAGGCGUGCCUUCGUCUUCGAAGUGGUGGUCCCUGCCUGGCCUGGCUGCCGUGGCCCUUGGACUCCGGAGAGUGGCCGUGCGAAGCUCUGCUCGAGGCGUGCGCCUCAGAGCUCGCAACGACCCCUGGCUUGAGACGGUGAAGACCACGGAGCUCGAAGAAGCUUUGCACGUUCUGGGCUUCGACGAUUUCCCCAAGAUGCGAAACCGACAGCACUUGGCAUCCUGGAUUCAAAAGCUUCGGAUCCCCUAUGAGCUCGUUGAAGGAGCUUUGAAGGAAGUGAGGCGACAAAGGAAGGCCGAGGCGCGGCAGAAGCGCCGCGCCGAUGCCCGGGCCUCGAGCGGCGACGGACGCGGAGAGCGAGCUGACGGCCGCGGGAGGAAGGAGGCGCAGCGGAAGAAAGAUGGCCUCUUCAAGUUCACGGAAGCUGAGCUGCGCACUGUACUGAAUGUGUGCGGAGUUCAGGGAACCUCGACCUGGCUCAAAGAGGAGCUGGUUCGCGAGGUCCGCUCCAUGAAGCUCCGCGCCAGCGAUGUGAGCGAGUUGCUCCACCAGGUCUCUCCUCGGAGGCCGCGCUCUCGAAGUGCUCCUUCCAGGCGGAGGCCUCGAAGCCGCGCCGAGCGGGAGUUCUUCGGCUGGGAGGAGCGUGAGGUCAUGUGGGAGUUUUUGAAAGAAGAGUAUGAUGACUGGGAUGACUCCGAUUCUGUCGAUGAUUACUUUGAGUACACCAUGGAUGACGAACCCUGGGAGUCAGUGCCAUGGGAUUUCGAUGAUUACUUUGAUGAGAGUGAGGAGGGGCAGUAUCGAUCACAAGGGCCCAAUAAGGACUACUACUAUAGUCCUCCUCCUGGUGCUGAUCCCUGGUCGCGAAAUGGCUUCACCUACUCCACGUCUGGUGCUUCCACUUGGCCAAAGCGGCCCAGCGUGACGCCUGAGGAGACGAUGACUCAAGCGAUCCGGGAAGGAUGGAAAGCAGAGUCCCUGUCGCAGAUGCAGGCAUGCAUGCUGUUGGGCCUCAGCGGUCAGCCUUCGCGCGAUGAGUUGUCGAAGGUUCGGAGGCAGAUGGCACUCAAGUGGCAUCCAGACAAAAACCCGGAGAACGCCCAUGCGUCCGUGGCCUUUCAACUGGUCAUGGCCGCUGCCGGCAAGCUCCAGGCGUAGAUGGAGGCCAUGGGAGUAGACAUCUGACGUUCGUUCCCGUACUUCCAAAGGGGUUCCCGAAAGAAGACCAAGGAUCAUUUGGUUUGGCAGCUUGGGCAGGUUGUUUCUCAAAUCGGC